UUUCGGAUUUCAUCUCAGUGCGCGCGAGCAGAACAUAUGCGUUACCUCGGUUAGGGAACGUGCUGAGAAUUAUUUUAUGUAAAUUUAAUAGUCUUAGCUUAUAACAAUGGGAGCUCGGACAAGUCGUUAGCAUUGAUUACCGAUCCCAAUUUUCGGCAUAAAAUAUAUAGCAAAACACUUUGUAUGAAGAACCCACCCGCCGAAUUGAAUAAGAUACGAGAAUUGCUUAGGCCAAACAAGCAAUUGUAUGUAUUUGUAAAAAAAGCUGUUAUGAUUUUAACAGGGUUUCGUCGAUUUUUCAUAGAGCUACCAUAAGCUGCCGGAGUGAUAAAUGCUAAUCAGAUCUGUGAUAUUGAGGUUGGGCGUCUUUCUGUUGUCAUACUGCGAGGUUCUUUAUAUCGUUUGACAAUCUGUCGAUCAAAUAUUGUAUCCAUCUGUCGUUGUAUGUUCUUGCGUGCCAUUUUUGGCGAGUGCUGCUUGAACGUAUUCAUCUAAAGCUUCCAUCUAAAAGAGUUCACCGUUUUUAAGGGUAAAACAACAGAGCGUUAUCUUCCCAGCACCAAGAAGCUACAGAAGUUAUCUACCACAAUGAGUGACAGUGCUGAUUUAGCACUCAUUUCUCUGUUCACAAUUUUAGAAAUAGUGUGCCUGACUUUCAACGUGUUGGUCUGUGUGGUUCUUUAUCGGAGCAAAUCACUGACAAUACCUAUGAACAACUUGAUUUUCAACUUAGCAAUAUCAGACGGUCUGACUGGUUUGUUUAUACUUCCUCGUCACGUGAUCUUCAGCAAGCCCGCAUUUCGGCAUCCGACAGACACCACAGGAGACUACUUCUGCAAGUUCAUUACCGGGAGUGGAAUCCUGUGGACAAGCUCCACAACAUCGGGUUUCCUCCUGAUCGCCAUUGCUGUGGAACGCUACACCUCUAUCAUGAUUCAAAACCGAAGAGCGCCGAUUACGUCUUCACAUAUCAAGGGCGUUAUAGCGUUUUGUUGGAUUUCCGCGUUUGCGGCGAAUUUACCAACGCUGAUCGUGUUUGAUUAUGACGAAAAGAGCGAUUUUUGCGUGGAACGUUGGCCAAGCUGGGUCUCUCCCAAAGCCUACGUCAUGUGUAUGUUCUUCUUGGGCUCGAGCUCGGUCAUUGUUAUGUAUGUGCUGUACUCCCAAGUUAUUUACACGUUGUGGAAUCGUCAGCGGAGGGCGACGGAGGUCUCUCAGGCUGCCAGACUGCGUGCGCGGAGGAACAUCACCAAAUUGUUGAUUUUGGUGACUUUUGUUCACACCGUCUGCCGUCUGCCGAAUUACACGACCUAUUUACUGGCAUAUUACGCCCCCGCCGUCAGUUACGGCUCCAAUACGUACAACAUCACGGUGCUUUUAAUUUUACUGAACUCAGCAGUGCACCCAUUCUUGUUGUGCUGGAAUAUGCAGGACUUCAGGAAACCCUUGUAUGUGUUGUUUUGCUGUAGCCACGCCAACAGGGUUUUUGCCGAGCCUGAGCCCUCCCAUGUGUGUGGUCACGAAGCGAGACUAUCCGUCUUCCAUCUGAGAACAAAGGAACAGACACGGCCAUCCACCGCUUCAUAAAUAUAUGUUGGCCAUUUCGGAGUUGCGCAGGGAAUUUCAAAUUUAAACCAAUCGAUAAAUUGAUGCCACAACAUAAAAGCGCACGUUGAGAUUGGUCAUUUGAGCAAGUAGGAUGCUUUUAGGGUAAACAGAGACCAGGUUAUAGACCAUGAAAUAUGUAUAGGUAAUCGUAUGAAUGCGAGGGCAAUUAAGGAUUUUCACCCCAAGUGAUAUUUGAAAAUUCUUCCAAAAUUGCAUGAACCUUUAGGCGAGUGCAUUUUGAAAUAAUUUUCGAAUAUCAUGAAAAUUAUAUUGCGAAUGCGCACGCGUUAAUAUGCACUGCGGUGCAAAUUAAGAAAUAUCGAUGAAUUGGCCUGCUCUCAGCCAAUCACAAUGAAGUAAUUUUCUUAGUCAUAUAGUAAGGUUAAUGAGACCCUGCUGCUGUGCAAUUUAAUAUAUUAAAGCCACGUCCAUACAAGGGGAGGGGCAGAUCUAACAGUACCAGCGAGGAUAUUUGGCUCCUUGGCCACACUAGAAGGAAAUUUAUAUGGAUAACAACAUUGCAACAACCCCUUUGCUGGGUAGAUGUAGGAAACAGAAACAAUGAAGUAAUCAUAUAAUACGGUUAAAAAUCCAUACAAACUCCUAAUUUUAAGACAGCUUAAUUUCCAAAACCAUAUGAACUCGUUAUUUUCUUAUCAGUUUUGUGACGACUGUAAAAUCCCGUUGUGCACCUACUAUUCCGAAGACACUGAGAUGAAAAUCUUCAUUUUUGCCCUUUUAAAAAGGAAGUCAGAAAUCAUAGAAAAAUCAUACGAGUUUAUAUAUUCAAUCUGGAAAUAGAGGACCCACUUAAAGACCAGCGAUGGUGACAAGACUUCCCUCUGCCGGUAUAUAGCGAUCUUUAUUACACGACUGAGUCAGUUCAGAGGGCCAAUAACUAAAAUCGACUAAUCAGAUUGCUCCAACGCUGGUCUAUUAUUCUCUAAUUAUUUGACAGGGCACUGUCCGGAAAAUGAUCCCGCAAGAUCACUCUUGAAGAUUUUUGGGUAGUUUCAGUCUUGUAAUGAUUCUCUUAUCAGCCAAGCUUGCUCGGGACCGUAC